UCCCGAUAAGCACAUUUAUGAUUAACGACAUGCGCGCAUAGGAACAUGCCCUUUCACCCGAUAAGCUUGACACUCGCAGAGCAUGUCCAGCUCGUCAUCCAACCAGUCCGCCCAUGGACAGGCCGAAGCGUCCUCGAGCCGCUCGCAAGCGAACAGGCAGCCGACCGUCGACGAUGAGCCCAGUGACGAAGAGGACGGCCUCUUAGAUGAGGAUCCGCUAGCAAGCACAUUGCCGGAGCAGGUAUCCUUCAAACGCAAGCAGAAGGCCGCCGCCUCCUCCGCCUUCGGGCUCCCGCGAUUCCUCUCGUCGCCCCUCGGCACCUCGAAAGACCGCGCGUCCCCGCUUCCACGCUCCCAGAAUACCCGCGCACACCAUCUACGAACCACAUCAGGUGGGAGCGACACUGAGCUCAUCCUGAACUACCUCGACACGCCCGCCGACGCCGGCGACCAGCUUCAGGACACAAAGGAUGCCAACGGGCUCGACUGGUACGUCGAAGGUCCCGGCCGGCGCGUGGGCUACGAUGACUUGACGGCCAUUGAUUGGAUCUUCGAAUAUGCGAAGGAGCGGCAGCGACUGCGAUAUCUCUACUCCAGCGCAUCGGGCAUGCUAGGCCACGUCAAGCAAAUCGCGGAUGCGAGCCAGAUUUGGAUCAUCUUGAUCGCGGCUGGCGUGCUCAGCGGUGGUAUCGCAGCUUUCAUCGACGUUGCGAGUGAUUGGCUGGGCGAUUUGAAGGCGGGAUACUGCAGCAAUAUAGAUGGGGAUGGGAGGUUUUAUCUGAACAAAGGAUUUUGCUGCUGGGGCUAUUCUGAGUACGCCAAGUGCAAUGAUUGGCAUCCCUGGAGCACAGCAAUGGGCAUUCGAUCUGUGGGUGGGGGCUGGAUCGUGGAGUAUAUCUUCUUUGUACUAUUUUCGGUUCUAUUUGCAGCUUGCGCGAGCCUUCUUGUGCGGGAGUUCUCCACUCAUGCGAAGCACAGCGGUAUCGCAGAGAUUAAGACAGUCCUGGGUGGCUUCGUUAUCCGGCGGUUUCUGGGCGUUUGGACCUUGGUUGUUAAGACUCUGGGGUUGUGUCUCGCAGUCGCAUCUGGCCUUUGGCUGGGCAAAGAAGGCCCGCUGGUUCACGUAGCGUGCUGUUCCGCAAAUCUCUUCAUGAAAUUAUUUCCUAGUGUAAAUCAUAAUGAGGCACGAAAACGAGAGGUACUUUCCGCUGCAGCUGCAGCCGGCAUAUCGGUAGCUUUUGGUUCCCCCAUUGGCGGAGUGCUGUUCAGUCUCGAGCAGCUGUCCUAUUAUUUUCCCGAUAAGACUAUGUGGCAGAGCUUCGUCUGCGCCAUGGUCGCAGCAGUCACUCUGCAAGCGUUCAAUCCCUUCAGAACCGGCAAGCUUGUUUUAUAUCAGGUCACCUAUCACAGCGGGUGGCACGACUUCGAGCUGGUCCCAUUUGCUUUCCUCGGAAUCCUCGGUGGUCUGUAUGGAGGACUGUUUACCAAGCUUAAUAUGCGGGUCGCGGAGUGGCGGCAGCAUCGCUCGUACCUGAAAGGACCUGUCACCGAAGUUGUCAUUGUCGCCUUUGUGACAGCCAUGAUAAACUACCCUAUCAAGUUCAUGCGCGCCCAGGCCUCGGAGCUCGUAUACUUCCUCUUCGCUGAAUGCGUCGAUCUAACAGAUGAUACGCUCGGCCUCUGCAAGGCAGGCAAAGCCAACACUGGCGUGGUAGCCCUUCUCCUUAUCUCCGCAGGCCUCGGCAUCAUCCUUGCGAGCUUCACAUUCGGCCUUCAAAUCCCAGCUGGCAUCAUUCUUCCCUCCAUGGCUAUCGGCGGCCUCUACGGUCGCGCUGUUGGUCUCACCGUAAAGCAACUUCAGCAAGCGUGGCCUGGUCUAUUUAUCUUCAACUCAUGCGAACCUGACGUCCCCUGCGUCACGCCUGGAACUUACGCCAUCAUCGGCGCUGCCUCUGCCCUUGGGGGUGUAACCCGCAUGACCGUGUCGCUCGUGGUCAUCAUGUUUGAGCUGACAGGCGCGCUUACCUACGUACUUCCCAUCAUGAUCGCCGUCAUGAUCAGCAAGUGGGUCGGAGACGCUAUCUCACCACGAGGCAUAUAUGAGUCCUGGAUCCAUUUCAACGGAUACCCUUUCCUCGACAACCGCGACGAUAACAGCUCGUCCAUUCCCGAUGUCCCCGCUGCACAAGUCAUGACUCGCAUCGAAGACCUCACCGCCAUCACGGCUACCGGCCACACAGUCGCCUCUCUCCGCCAGCUGCUAUCGCGGCACCGCUUCCGGGGCUUCCCGGUGAUAGACAACGUCCAGGAUGCACUCCUUCUAGGCUACAUAUCCAGAACCGAGCUGGCAUUCGCGCUCAAGUCUGCGGUCUCCUCACCACGUAACCUCUCACCAGAUACUGAAGCCCACUUCUCCCACCAGCCGCUAUCAGACCCUACCACCUCCCUUGACCUACGGCCUUGGAUGGAUCAGACGCCCAUUACGCUUAAUGCGAAAGCUAGCUUCCAACUCACGGUCGCAAUGUUCAUGAAGCUGGGGUUGCGUUAUGUUAUCUUCACUGAAAGGGGUGCAUUGAAGGGCCUAUUGACGAAGAAAGAUGUGUGGUUUGUGUUGGAUGGCGUAGAGGAAAGGGAAGGAUAUGUACAGGAUGAAGUGGGUGGUGGACGGGGCGUUGGGCGUGCACAACCCGAGGAUGAAGAGGAUGAAGGGAGAGGCUUAUUGGCCGCGAAUGAGGACGAUGAUGCGGGUGGGGGUUUUGGUGGAAGGGAGCAAGUUAGGUCGGGUAGUGUUUAGGAUAGAGAUAUCGCUCCUUCUUGACCAGGUGUGGCGAGUGUAUCGGUUAUCGAGGAGCUGUGAAGAUGAUGCUGUCCAUUCUCAAUAGGAUGCGCGAACGGCCCCCAAGUCAGCUAGUGUCCUCGAGGUGGACGACAUGAAUCCACCCUAUACAAAUGCGGCAG